GCAGUGACCUCUCUUUUUAAAUAUGGCAGCUCGUGACUGUCAACAAAUAGUAGUCAUCGAAGUACUGUUUGUUUAGCCCUUAUUCUUAUCCUUUUCUAAUUUUACUGUCCUUUUCAAAGAGAACAACAUUAAACAAACGAAACAUGAGUGGAGGGCAAGCUUCACUCCUCCACUUUUAUGUUUUCAACACAGAAUAUGGACCGAAGGAAGGAGAGGAACACAAAAAGAUUCUGUUCUUCCAUCCUCCAGAUGUUGACAUAGAUACACAGGUAAAGCGGAUCGGCUUGAGUGAGGCAGUGACUCGGUUUGCUGCCACGUUCUCUGACAAGCCAUGUCAGAGCAUGCAUACGCAACAGACACGACAAGUGUUCUUCGAGCCGGAGCCCUGUUUCUGGAUGGUUAUGAGUGUGUCCAUCCCUUUUAAAGAGAAGGUCAAGGACGGUCAGACAGUGACGGAGUACCGGGAUGAUCAUGUGCAGGACUCAGUAUUUGAGUGCAUCCUAAGGCAGGCCUACAAGAUGUUCAAGCUGUUCAACGGCACAUUCACUACCAUCCUGAUGAGGGCAGAUGGCAAUGUAGACUCACUCAAGCAACGUCUAGAGCAUUUCUACAGCAAAUAUCUCCUCACACUGAAGCUGCCGCAGGGCGAUAUCUUGGAUGUGUUCAAUGGCAUCACCUUCCUACCCCUGGAUAAGAACACCUACCUGCGCAUCCAGUGCUUCAUCAACACAUUGGAGGCCACCUUCCCUUUCAUCAAGUACACCUCCUUCCUCUACAACGAGAAACUGGUCUGGAGUGGUUUGGAGCAGGAGGACAUGCGCAUCAUGUACCGCUAUCUGACUGCCAGCCUCUUCCCCACCUACCUGGAGCAGGAGCUACAGGGCGGACACAGCAGGCAGCCCUCAGGGUUUGGACACUACGGAAAGUUCAUGACUGGCCCUCCAGACCUGAGUGACGACAAGAACAUGGGCAAGGUGCCACGUGUCUAUGUCAACACAGAAGAGCUGGACGAGGAAUGUUACUUGAUUGUCUACACCGCCCUCAGUGCCACCAUCUGCCUUCUGGUCAACGUAAAGAGUCCUAUGAAUGUGGCCUUAUGUCGCAAGCUGGACGCUGUCCUCGGGCCACAGAUGAGCAAACUGGCCUCAGAUAUUGGGGAGCAGUAUUCGAAAAGAGUAGCUGCUCUCAACACGGCAGACCCAGUAUUUAAGUACCUGUACUUCAACCAUAUGAACCUAGCCCAGCAGACCACUGUGCACAUUGACCUUCAGAAAAGGUCAGGGGUCAACAUCCCUCUGGACAUCCUGCGUCUGCUCGGGGACAUCAACGCCGACCUCACAAGGGACAAUGAGGAUGGUGAGACCAUGGUGAAGACAACCUCUGACUACUGGGUGGUGGGGAAGAAGUCAGAGCAGAGGGAGUUUUACGUCGUGAUCAAUCAGCGCAGUGCUAACCUCAUAGAGAUCAAUGAUGAGGUCAAGCGAUUAUGCAACACAUAUCUCAACAGUAUAUUCUUCCUGGACUGACCCAAAAUUUAUUCUUUUCCGACAAACAAACCCUUCACUCUGAAUUUGGACUCACUCUGACCUAUGGAAUCACAGCCAUGGAACUUGAAAAUCAAAAUUAAAUUUUUACUCCAUAAA